ACCCGAGUGGUCACAGUACCGAAGUCACGCCAGAGUCACGCCAGGACUUCAAAAGUUGAUCUUGCCAAAAGAUUUCCUUCUGUUACUAUCCACGUCGCGUCGUUAUCGCGUGUUUCCUUUGGUCUCCGCUGCCAUCUCACUGCUCAUCUGCAGAAGUCGCGAUGUUGAGAAUCUGGGAAGAAACAUCUGGUGCUAGAUAUCCAGAUCCUAACUUGAAGUGCGACAUGAAUCAGGACACCCGGUCGUGUGAGGCUGGUGGUGACUGGCCUGGUUUAAAUAAUAGCGCAUUGGCACCCUUAGCCACCGAUGGUGUUGUCCUGAAUCGUGCCAUGCUUCAGGAUCCUUCUCUAACUUCGAAACCCGUACUUUAAUCCAAGUUGAUGGAGGCUCUCCACGAGAUCGAUCCAGAGGAAUCUACUUUUACAAAUACAUUUCGCGCUUCACGCUAUGCUCUGGCCGAGGUCGGUUUAUGUGCCAGUGAUCUCGUCUGGCGCAGGGCCAUCAGAGAAUAUACUGCCAACAGGAAUGACGAUGACGACCCCGUUUUUGAGAUCGCCAACAAAAUCCGCGAUCUGGUCAAAAAUUGGGUGUUCGUCAUGCCGAACUUAAACCUUUCUUCCAGAGGCUUCAAUGUAACGCCCAAGUUCGUGCAGCUGAUUCAUGUUCUCAAAUCAUGUGGAACUUACGGGGACAAGUUCCGUGGAAUUGUCUUGGUCCAACGGUCCGAAGUUGCAACAAUUAUGGUGGAUAUCAUAAGAACCAUGAUUGAUGAAUUGGCUUUCGUUCGACCUCAUGCUUUGGCCAGCGAACUCCUUGUCACUGAUGGUCACCAACAGCGCGAAUUGCUUGACAACUUCGCGAGUGGAAAGUAUAACCUUCUCAUUCUAAUUAAACCCCUGGAAGAUAUCGACCUUCCGCGUGCCAAUGUCUUUAUACGAUACAACUUGUUCGAGAGCCAACUUUCCUAUGCAUUUGCUUGCGCGCAUACAAUGGUGCCUGAUGGACAUCUCAUACAUAUGGUGGAGAAAGGGAACGACCUACAUCGCCGAAUUCUUCAAGAGUACAGUGGUCCAGCUGUUGACGACAGGUGGAUUGAGGUGGUCUUACAAGGGGGAAAUUCCCCAGUUCCAUCCUGUCCAUUGAAGGAAACUGGCGACCCUUACCGCUCGGACGAAGAGACGGCCUCCAGGCCAGAGAUCUCGAUAGGAGACUCGGUCAAUGGUGGUCGAUUAUUUGAAGACGAUGCCUUGCUUGUUGUUUUCCGCAUCGCUGCAAACCUUCAGCGCAGCAAUACAACUCCAUCUCUUCAUCCUCUGUUUGUUGUCCAUCCCAUACCCAUACCAAGUAUGGGUGGGGUUCAACAAUUCGUGUGCACUGUGACACUCCCGCCUGGACUGCCUUUGCAGACAAUUCGGGGUCCUCCACGUCUUACGCCCGUCCAUGCGCGUCGCUCAGGAGCCUUCCGAUUUUGCCUACGAUUAUUUGAGUUCAGCGGCCUGGACUACCGCUUGAUCUAUACCCCAGGUCGAUCUGAUGACAAUGCUUGCGCGAAUCCUUCCCUAUUGAAAUCAGAUCUGGUUUCUGGAAACAGUUGCUACAUGCGAAAAAGGCCAGACUUCUGGGUCAACUCACUACGAAUUUCUGAAGAACGCCUCUUCCCCGUCGUCAUUUCCGUAGGCAAUCCAGAAGGCCCAUCCGAACCUUAUGCACCUAUCGUUAUUCUAACACGUCAACCAUUACCUCAUCUAGAACCCUUCAAAUUGUUUUUCUAUGGCGUUUUUGCCACUGUCAAGAAUGCACGAGGUCCCGCCCUCAUCCUUGACGGCGAGCGUCUCAAUGACCUUCACUCCUAUACACUCAGAAUUUGCCGCACGAUUGCCAACAAAGCAUUUGUAUGUUCGUUGGAAAAAAUGACAUACUUCACUGCACCUCUACUUCCUUCCCAAGCCAAGGAUUUCUCGUGUUCCAAUAUGACCAACUUACAAGAUGCCAUUGACUGGCAAGCUGUGGCACGAGCCAACAGCAACUAUGUCACACGUUUUAGUUCCGAUAACUUACGAGACCCAAGCGAAUUUGAGGAUGCAGUCAUCCAGGAUAGAUUAGUCGAAUUCACUCGACGAUGCUAUGUUGUCCGUUUACGACCGGAUUUAUCACCAAUGAGCAAACCCUCAGACAGCCCACGCGAGGCAGAAUAUGCGAACAUUUUGGAGUAUUGCAGAGCGCGUCGCAAGGGCUUCCAGGGCCUCCAAGAUAACAAUCAGCCUCUAAUAGAGGUAUCCAAGGCUACUGCCGUGCUGAACCGCCUGAAUCCCGUCCACAAGCCCCUUAUAGAGACGAACAAGACAAGUCCAAAAUAUCUUAUACCGGAGCUCUGUGGCAAGUGCACGAUUCCAGCAAGUAUAUACCGUACUGCGUUACUUUUACCAUCUAUUACUCGACGGAUCGAUGAUUUCUUGAUUGUAAAGGAGCUCAAUGCACAGUUCUUUGCAAAUAUGAUCCUGGAACAACAUUUGUUGUCCGCCGUCUUCGCUCCCUCUGCGACCUUCGAAACGGAUUACGAAAGGCUGGAGCUCCUUGGCGAUUCAUUUCUGAAAUAUUUCAGUUCUGUUUACGUGUUCGUUUUUAACCCUGCUUUGAGCGAGGGCGCACUGCACAAGGCACGACAGCACAUUAUCAGCAACAAGGUGCUCACGCAGUGCGGUCUUUCCAUUGGUCUGCCAUCAUACAUACAGGGAAAGACGUUCAGCUACAGAUUGUGGCAACCUCCAAACUUCACGGUUCAUGAUGCAUCUCUGCAGCAUCUGGGGAGGUCUAACGAUCUCAUGUCGUCCAGUGGCAAUGGUGGGAUGGCAAUUGAUACCCAAACACAGGCUCCCAUCAACGAUACCAAUGCCUCCACUAUACAUUCAACCUCACAGUCAAAGACGAAACACAAGGCCCCCGACGAUAACAUAACGCAGUGGCUCGGAGACAAGACGAUCGCCGAUGUCGCAGAGGCUAUCAUAGGAGCAGCUUAUCUUUCUGGAGGCCGCAACGUUGCGCUCAGAGCGAUAAAGGCCCUCCGAUUACCUGUCGCUGAUGUCGAACAAUGGGAAGAUUUCCGCCGGAAAGCUCUUGCUCCCCCUUCAGAUGUCACGCCAAGGCUCCGCGGUGGCACUCUUUCGGCAGUGGAAGAGAUUAUCGGAGCUAGUUUCAAGUACCCACACUUGCUCUCUCAAGCUCUUACUCACGGUUCAAUUCAUGGAUACGAAAACACAUGCUAUGAGCGGCUUGAAUUCCUGGGAGAUGCAGUGCUGGAUUUUUGUACGUGGUUCUUCCUCUUCGUGGCAAUGGUUUCACAUGCAUUUGCAGUGGUAGUACGACAUGUCUUUAACAGGGAUGAUCACAUGUCCCCUGGAGCAAUGACACUAUUGAAGUCCGCUAUGGUGUCGAAUUCAGCCUUGGCAGCAGUCUGCGUCCGGACUGGGUUACAUGCGUAUCUUCUUUAUGAGUCAUAUGCUCUUGGAAACAGCAUUCAGUCAUAUGCUGAGCAGCUGGAGACAAAGCGCCAGGAAGAACAUCAUAAGGCGGUCAGGGAUGGAAGGCCUCCAGGGCAGUACUGGCUUGAUAUGGAGCCACCCAAGAUCCUUUCUGAUGUCGUAGAGUCGAUCAUCGGUGCACUUUACAUCUCAGACGGUUUCACAUCUGACGGUGUGGAAUCGAUGUUCAAGAAAAUCCUCGAACCUUUUUAUGACCAACAUGUCACAGUCAAGACACUUUCGCAUCACCCCACCAAAAUCCUUUUCGAGAUCAUGCAGACUCAGGGUUGCCAACAGUUCUCUAUCGAGAAAGAAAAACUUGGCGAAACUCACGGAACUCGCUGUGAUGUUAUUGUUCACGACAUUAUCCUAGCGAGCGCCACAGAGUCGACGGGAUAUAUCGCAGGGCGCAUGGCGUCAACUGCUGCCCUCGAUGCACUGGAAGGGGACCCCAGUUUUAUGGCUCACAACUGCAGCUGCAGAAACCGAACACAAAUGGGAAAGAAAGACUACAAGAAUAGGCUGGAAAGAAUGUUGGCUGAUCUUGAGGAGGGGCAGAAUGUCACAACUGAAGUGGACCAUAAUGACGGCAUAGAGGUUGACUAACAACUGGUCAAACGUUCAUGAAGUUUGGUUUGAGCUCAGAUUCCGGAUAUAGGUACCGACAAGACAAA